AGAGAGACAGCGCGCGGGGGGGGGGGGCAGAUUCGCAUCAGACUGUGUCUCCAGGCCUCCAAGUGAUGUGGGCGGUGCGGGCGACGCCGAGAAACAGCAGCAGCGGCUGGCCGGCGGCUGGAGCAAGAGCCGCCGGAGCGGACCGCUGCCGCCGCGGAGCCCCAAUCCUGCCGCGGGUCCGUCCGUCCGUGUGUCCUCGCGGGUCGGCGCGGGUCAGGCGGCAGAGCCCAUGCAGCCGCGCAGCGAGCGCCCGGCCGGCAGGACGCAGAGCCCGGAGCGCGGCAGCCCGGGGCCGGGGCCCGAGGCGCCGCCGCCGCCCGCUCCGCAGCCCCCGGCCCCCGAGGCAGAGCGCCCGCGCCCCCGGCAGGCCUGGCCCGCCGCGCCCAUGGAGGGCGCCAUGCAGCUGCUGAGUCGCGAGGGCCACACGGUGUCCCACAAUUCCAAGCGCCACUACCACGACGCCUUCGUGGCCAUGAGCCGCAUGCGGCAGCGCGGGCUGCUGUGCGACAUCGUGCUGCACGUGGCCGCCAAGGAGAUCCGCGCGCACAAGGUGGUCCUAGCGUCCUGCAGCCCGUACUUCCACGCCAUGUUCACAAAUGAGAUGAGCGAGAGCCGCCAGACGCACGUCACCCUGCACGACAUCGACCCGCAGGCCCUGGACCAGCUGGUGCAGUUCGCCUACACGGCGGAGAUCGUGGUGGGCGAGGGCAACGUGCAGACGCUGCUCCCAGCAGCCAGCCUCCUGCAGCUGAACGGUGUUCGAGAUGCCUGCUGCAAAUUCCUGUUGAGUCAGCUGGACCCCUCCAACUGCCUGGGCAUUCGCAGCUUUGCUGACACACACUCCUGCAGCGACCUGCUCAAGGCAGCGCACAGGUACGUGCUGCAGCACUUCGUGGACGUGGCCAAGACUGAGGAAUUCAUGCUGUUGCCGCUGAAGCAGGUGCUGGAACUGGUCUCUAGUGACAGCCUGAACGUGCCUUCUGAGGAGGAUGUGUACCGCGCUGUUCUGAGCUGGGUCAAGCAUGAUGUGGAGGCCCGGAGGCAGCACGUCCCCCGGCUGAUGAAGUGUGUGCGGCUGCCUCUGCUGAGCCGGGACUUCCUGCUGGGACAUGUGGACGCUGAGAGCCUGGUGAGGCACCACCCAGACUGCAAGGACCUGCUUAUUGAAGCCCUCAAGUUCCACCUGCUACCUGAGCAGAGGGGUGUCCUGGGCACCAGCCGCACUCGGCCUCGGCGCUGUGAGGGUGCAGGGCCUGUGCUCUUUGCUGUGGGUGGCGGGAGCCUGUUUGCCAUUCAUGGGGACUGUGAAGCCUAUGACACACGCACGGACCGCUGGCAUGUGGUGGCUUCCAUGUCUACACGUAGGGCCCGGGUAGGCGUGGCAGCUGUGGGAAACCGGCUGUAUGCAGUGGGUGGUUACGACGGGACCUCAGACUUGGCCACUGUUGAGUCCUACGACCCUGUGACCAACACCUGGCAGCCCGAGGUGUCCAUGGGCACAAGGCGCAGCUGUCUGGGUGUGGCUGCACUGCAUGGGCUCCUGUAUGCAGCUGGUGGCUACGAUGGGGCCUCCUGCCUCAACAGUGCCGAGCGCUAUGACCCCCUGACUGGAACGUGGACGUCAGUGGCUGCCAUGAGCACGCGGAGGCGAUAUGUGCGUGUAGCCAUGCUGGAUGGGAACCUGUACGCUGUGGGCGGUUAUGACAGCUCGUCACACCUGGCCACCGCGGAGAAGUAUGAGCCCCAGGUGAAUUCAUGGACACCUGUGGCCUCCAUGCUGAGCCGCCGCAGCUCCGCAGGUGUGGCAGUGCUGGAGGGGGCCCUCUACGUUGCGGGGGGCAAUGAUGGCACCAGCUGCCUUAAUUCCGUGGAGAGAUACAACCCCAAGGCGGGCACCUGGGAGAGUGUGGCGCCCAUGAACAUCCGCAGGAGCACUCAUGACUUGGUAGCCAUGGACGGCUGGCUGUACGCAGUAGGGGGCAAUGAUGGCAGCUCUAGCCUUAAUUCCAUCGAGAAGUACAACCCGAGGACCAACAAAUGGGUGGCGGCAUCGUGCAUGUUCACCCGGCGCAGCAGCGUGGGCGUGGCUGUCCUGGAGCUGCUCAACUUCCCGCCACCCUCAUCACCCACGCUGUCGGUGUCGUCCACCAGCCUCUGACCACCGACUGUACCAUGAAGGCCACACCUCCCUCAUGCCUUAAGCCUGCGGCAGCCCCGCCAAAAAUAACCCGCGUCCGUCUAGUUUGUCCAUACCUCCGUGUCUGUCUGUGUACCGUUUAUUUAUUCACUCACCUGGUUAUUUAUUUGUUCCAGUGCAGCCACCAGGUCACACGUUUACUCCAGAGGUGUCCUGUGGCACAGGACUAGGAUGCCCCCUCUCUAACCCUGGGUGUUGGGAGUACCCUCUUGUCUCCAAGCCCACUCUGGGACUGGAGGGAGGACAGCAGACUCAGAGGAGCUAGGGGGUGGGGUGGGGUGUUUCUAAGCAGGUGUGCACGCCCCUCCCCAGCCUGCACUUUGCACACCAUCCACGCCUGUCCCAGGCCAACAGUAGUGGGCUUCCUCCCCCUGGGCGCAGCACUGCCUCUAGAUCCCAUGCUGAGUCUGUGUGUCCCAGACCCCACACAGCAAUAUGAGCUGACUUGAAUAAUAAACGUAUUUCUUGGGUUGCCUGGGGCCUGAGGCUCAGUA